AUGAGGUUUGUUAAUUGUGCUCAUAGCGAGGACCAACAGAAUCUGGUUUCAUUCCAGCAAGGUGGAGAAAUUUACUACCGCACCUGUAAAGCUAUCGACAGUGGUAGUGAGCUGCUUGUUUGGUUUGAUGACUUCUUCUAUACAAAGAAUAGUUCAACCCAGGCGUUUCACAGCUCAUCUUGUGAAGGUGAGCGACUGUAGAAGGCCUAAAUGUAAUAAACGGUCCUAAAUGUAAUAACAUUUUGUCCUAAAUGUAAUAAAGUCCUAAAUGGAAUAACAAUUUGCCCUAAAUGUAAUAAACUCUUACAAAAAUACUGUUACUUUGCCGUUUACAUACAAUUUAUUUGUAAACGUUAAGUUUCACAGUGCAUAAGGAAAUGUACCGACUUUACGCGAAUUAGCGCCGCAGCGCUUAUUAACUUUUUCUCUAAAAAUGCGGCGCUUAUUUGAGAACGGAGCUUAAUACCAUAGCAAUACCGCUUAAUACCGUAUUUACUUGAAUAAGCGCCGCGGCGCUAAUUAACCCCAUCCUCCAAAUGCGGCGCUUAUUUGAGGACAGGGCUUAUUCGAGUAAUUACUGUCAAUGGCAGCUUAAGAGUUUAUUACAUUUAGGGCAAAUUGUUAUUACAUUUAGAACUUUAUUGCAUUUAGGACAAAAUGUUAUUACAUUUAGGACUUUAUUACAUUUAGGACCGUUUAUUACAUUUAGGCCUUCUACAAGCGACUUAUAGUUAUAACUUUUGCACUCAAGAGCCUCAACAGAAAGGAAAUGGAAACUUUGAUUUCGUAAACAUAAGCGAAAUAACUAAUUUAUUUCCACGAAACCUAAUCAUAGCUUAAUCGAAAAUUGUGUUUGUCUUUUCUUCAGGGCGGAAUCAUUUUGUUUGCAAGAACUGUAACCUGGCAUUCCUUGGACCAUCGUAUCUCCACCGCCAUAAAGAACAUAGGUGUCCUAUGCUGAGUGAAAGUAGCCCCUUGCAAACGGAAGACAAUACACAUGUGGAAUCAAUAGCGGAUAACAAAGCGCGAGCCUCUGAGAGAAGUGUAAACACCGAAACAACCUUUGCAGCUUCUUCAUCGAAGGAAUACCAGUGUAGUCAGUGUGACAUAAGUUUUAAGACAUCGAAGCUGCUACUUAAACACUAUCGUCUCCAUACAGAUGACUUUCCUUACAAGUGUUGGACAUGUGGUGAGGGUUUUAGGGACAAAUAUUCUAAACUUAAACACACCGAGAAACACAAAGGAAAGUUGAAAUGUUACGAUUGCGGAAAGAGGUACAGUCACAAGUCAGCUUUUCAAGCUCAUGUAUGUCAUGGCGGUGAGAGCAGGGGACACAAAGCGUUUAAAUGCGGACUGUGUGAAAAGACUUUCAAAAAUAAAGACUGUCUUCAAAAUCACAUGCCUACGCAUUCAGAAGUGCCUCAGUUUAGUUGCGAACUUUGCGAUAAGCAGUAUACUCAUAGAUCGGCCCUGUAUAGGCACAAGCGAAUUCAUACCUUGAAUGACGAGACUUCUCAUAGAUUGACUGAUCCUGACAUUACUCGUUGUAUUGUUUGCCAAAAAGUGUUUGGUGAUGUGAAUUCUCUUAAGGUACAUCAAAGAACUCACUCUGGAGAAAGACCUUUCAAUUGUACCGCAGCGUGGAAAAUGCUUUGCGCAAGGUUCAACUCUUGUUGGGCAUUUACGAACGCACGCGGACCAUCCUCACAAACCAUUCAAGUGUAG